AUUAUCCAAAUUGGAUGGUAAUUUCGCAAUUUAAUCUUAAAAUUUGCUUUUCGUUUCAUUGUGUGCUAAAUUCCAAUUAACAGAGGGAAAACAGUCCCAGAAAUAACACUCAUUUUUCCGACAGAGAGAAAAAGAUCACUGUAAUUCUACCUCGUUGCCCUAAAACCAUAAUCCCAGGCUCGGAUCGAAAACCUAAUACCCUCCUUCCAUUUCUUGAUGGUAUAAAGAUUUAGUUCAUUCAAAAAUCAAGACCCACAAAAUUGAAUUAUUUGUGGGAUUCAAUUUGAUGCGCACACAGCUGAAAUCAUGUCGACUGUAGAUAUAAAGACAUGGGCUAUGAUAUUUCUUGUGAUUAGUCAAACGUUGUUCAUCGAAACAUCCUCGUCGAAGCUGGACCCUUUUGCAGUCAAGAAGAAGCGGAUGAGUGAUAAAGUUCGCAAGAUGUUUUACCAUGCGUACGACAACUACAUGAUGUAUGCUUUCCCGCAUGACGAAUUGAAGCCUCUUACAAAAACUUACACAAAUUCGCUAAGUGAGCUCGGAAAUUUAAAGCUCGAACAUCUACCGCAAGAGUAUAAUGGAACAGCUCUUACACUUAUCGAAUCAUUGUCCAGCCUUGUGAUAAUGGGAAACGAAACCGAGUUCGAAAAGUCAGUUUUAUGGCUGUCUGAAAAUCUAACAUUUGAUGUUGAUGCGAGGAUAAAUCUUUUUGAGUGCAACAUAAGAGUACUUGGGGGACUUGUGUCUGCUCAUAUUCUUGCAACUGAUUCUACAAACAGGUUUACGAAAAAAGGAAGUUAUCGAAAUCAGCUUCUCGUUUUGGCUGAGGAGUUGGGGAAUCGUUUUUUACCUGCUUUUGAUACCCCGACUGGGUUGCCUUAUGCAUGGGUCAAUCUUAAGUAUGGUGUGAUGGAGAAGGAGACAACCGAAACAAGCACAUCUGGUUGUGGUUCUCUAAUUCUUGAAAUGGGAGCACUGUCGCAUUUGACCGGUGACCCAAAAUUCGAAUCUGCUGCUUUACGAGCUCUUCGAAAGCUAUGGAGUAUGAGGAGUUCUUUAAAUCUUUUAGGAACAACACUCGAUGUACAAACUGGGGAGUGGAUUGAGUACUCGUCUGGGAUUGGUGCUGGGGUCGAUUCGUUUUACGAAUAUUUACUGAAAGCCCACCUUUUAUUUGGAAGGGAAGAAUUUUGGAGGAUGUUUCAGUCUGCAUAUCUCGCUGUGCAGAAAUAUUUCAGACACGGUCCUUGGUACCAUGAAGCUGACAUGAGAACAGGGCGAGCAACUUACUGGCAACUUACGAGCCUGCAGGCAUUUUGGCCUGGUCUUCAGGUUCUUGCAGGGGACAUAGCUGCUGCUAAUUCAUCGCACCGUGAAUUUUUCUAUGUAUGGCAACAAUUUGGCGUAUUGCCAGAGAGAUAUCUACUGGAUCAUCAAAUGCUGCAUCCUACAGAGAAAUACUAUCCAUUACGACCCGAGUUGGCAGAAUCGACAUUUUACCUCUAUCAAGCAACCAAAGAUCCAUGGUAUCUAGAAGUAGGCGAAUCGAUCGUAGAUUCCCUCAAUUUACACACACGAGUCGAAGCUGGCUUUGCUAGCAUUAGAGAUGUCACAACUAUGGAGUUGGAAGAUCACCAGCAUAGUUUCUUUCUCGCCGAGACGUGCAAGUACUUGUAUCUUCUAUUUGAUGAUUCGUUUUUGGUGAAUACAAAUUACGUAUUUACGACGGAAGGUCACCCGCUCCCGAUUUUAAGCUCGUGGCACGAGAGACUUCCCGAGGCCUAUAUUCCAAGUAAUUGGACAUCUCUCAAGGGCGAAGAGCAACAAAAACGAGCAAGUGCAAUGUCGAUGAAAAUAUGUCCGGCGCUCAACUGCGGAAACGGGCGCCAGCCAGUCGAGAGCAUUUGUCACGUUCCUGACGCGCGGGCCCACCACAGGUGCCUUGCUGACGAGGAUUGUGGUGUUGAUUCGAUUUCUUGCAGACGGAGAUCGUGCAGUAUUUCUGGCUAUUGUGGACUAUGGCUUUCGGUAUAAUUUUAUAUAUUUCUUCCAGAAAAUUAUAUAU